AUGUCGGAUAAGAAACAACAAACACAACCACAGACUCAGCAGACUGAGGAGCAGCAGCAAGAGUUGAAGAAGCAAAAGAUGCAGCAAUUGAAGAAGAAGCAGCAACAACAAAAGAUGAUGAAGAAGAAGGCUCAGCAGCAGCAACAGGCUCAGCAGCAACAGCAGCAAGCAGUUGUUCCAAGCUUGCCAAACCCUGGCAAGUUCGAGGAGAUUCACCGAACUGCUCAAGACAUUCUCACCACACAGGACGCCUUUGAUGGCUUCAAGUGUGACAUUGCCGGCAUGUCCUCGCCCUCGUUCCAAUUCUCCCAUGCUCUCCAGAUGGGUCAGACCGAGGAGUCGCCCAAGUACGCCUUUACCACCGUUUACAGUGACAAUAACCCACCAACAUCAAUUGGCAAGAUCGACAGUGAUGGAAAGGUGUUUGGUAGAUUCAUUCACAGGUUUGGAGCUCUCAGCGCAGUUGGCACAAUUAAUAUAAACAAGGACUUUGGCACAUACGUUGGAGCUGAUCUCGACUACAGGGGUUCAUCAUACACUGGAUCUCUCAAAUACGAUGCCAACAAUACAUUCGUCAUGGGAGCGAUGAAGACUUGGACAAGGAGAUGGUCAUCAGGUUUGGAAUACACUCGCUCUCCAAACCAGGGAGUGAAUAUGUACACAUUGGGAGUGCGUUACAACCUCGGCUUCCACUCGUACGUUUUCACGGCCAACACCUAUGCUCAUCUGGCCAUGUGCUACGCCUUCAAGAGGGACAACCUGGAGCUUGCCAGCGAGGUGGCCAUGAUGCCCGGUCGCGGCGAUCUCACUCGUCUGAGUGUGGGCAUGCGCUACUUCUUUAGGAAACAGCAGAUCAAGAUUCGCGCCGACACUGAGGGCGCCCUCGUCGGAAUCUACGAGGAGAACAUCAUGCCAACAGUCAAGAUCAUAUUCUCCACUGCACUCAACUACCUCACCAAUGACUUUAAGUUUGGCAUUGGUCUCCAGAUACAGAGAUAA